CCAGCAAUCUCGGACUCCUUAGGUGCUUGUGCUGCAGCGGCACUGCCGCCCUUCUUGGCAACCUCGCUCCAGCCGCCGUUGUUGCCGCUGCGGCCGUCGCCGGCCGCCGACGAGCCCGCGGGCAGCUCCACCUUCUCCAGGAUGCCCUUGUCGGCGAGCUUCUUGCGGCGCACAAACUCCUCGCCAAAGUGGCGGCCGUCCAUGGUCGUGCUAUACGCGUACACGGCCUCGGCCAGGAUCGACGGCUCGAGCGGCAUCUCCAGCAGGCCAGCAGCGAAUUGCUCGACUGGAAAAAAGACAAAUUGGUUAGCUAGUGCAUGCCACACGAUGAAAAUAAAACGUAGACUCACUAUCAGGGACCCCGUUAAGGCCACGCUCCAGCUCGCGGUGCAGCCACUUCUUGAACUCCUCCAUGGCCGCGUCCUUGGCGUCCUUGAGCGACGUCUGCACCGGCUUCGGUGCCGGCUUGGCGACGGUAGGGACCGGCGACGCCUUGACGUUGCUCAUGCUAGAAGAGCGGCUCUGCACUGCCGGGCCCGUCGGAACCUUGACCUUGCCGCCCGCCCCGACAGUCGCCCAUCCGCCGCCUUGGCUGGCCUGGGCUGCCGUGGGAGACACGAGCGAGGCGGGCGUUGACACCUUGCCAGCGAGGUCCGCAUAGCGCUUGCCCAUCGUGGACGGCGCCGGUGUGCUGGCCUGCGACGCGGCCUCCUUGGCCUUCUGCUUGCGGAGCUCUUCCUCGCGCUGGAUCUCGGCCAGCGUCUUCUUGGAGCCGCUGUUUGCG